GGGUGCUACGCGGACCCCGCUAGGCGAGGCGCGUACCUCGGUUUAUCGACGUGAAGCUAGUCUUUUAUCAUGCCAUCACCUCGGAAUAGGGAGCUUUCUCCAACUUCCAUUCAGAUAUUUAAAUUCAUAGGUUCAACCAUUUUCGGCCCACUUAGAUAUUUAAAUAUAUCAAAUUAUUAAAGCGUCCAAUUAUUAAUUGUACAUAACCCAAUUAAUCUACACAACAUGUCUGCCAGGAUUCCUGAUAUUGUAAAACAUCGCGUUAGCGAAAGGGCGAAGAAGACAUUGGAUAUCGUCGCCAAGUUUGUUGAGGAAGAGUGCAUACCAGCGGACCCAGUCGUAGACGCCCAGAUCGGCGAAGGUUCUGCACGAUGGGAAAGCCACCCUCCUAUUAUCGAAGAGCUAAAGGCAAAAGCGAAGAAGUUGGGGUUGUGGAACAUGUUUUUACCCAAAGGCCACUAUAAGGAAUCACCAGGCUACACGAAUUUGGAAUAUGGUCUGAUGGCCGAGUGGCUGGGAAGGUCAAAGAUAGCCUCCGAGGCUACCAACUGCGCAGCGCCAGACACAGGAAAUAUGGAGGUCUUGGCUAAGUACGGCAACGAAGCUCAGAAGGCCCAGUGGUUAAAGCCAUUGAUGGAGGGCGAGAUCAGGUCAGCUUUUCUUAUGACUGAGCCCGAUGUCGCCUCAUCAGAUGCGACAAAUAUCCAGCUUAGCAUAAAGAAGGAAGGGAAUGAAUAUGUCCUGAAUGGCUCUAAAUGGUGGUCAAGUGGCGCCGGUGAUCCCCGGUGUAAGAUCUACAUUGUGAUGGGCAAGUCGGACCCCAACAACAAAGACCCCUACAAGCAACAGUCGGUUAUACUUGUCCCGGCUAACACAAAGGGCAUAACUAUCCACCGCAUGCUUAAUGUCUACGGAUAUGACGAUGCGCCUCACGGACACGGUCAUAUUUCUUUCCACAAUGUGCGGGUCCCGGUGAGCAACCUAGUCCUCGGUGAGGGUCGUGGUUUCGAGAUCAUCCAGGGCCGUUUAGGACCAGGCCGCAUUCACCACGCAAUGCGCAGUAUCGGCGCCGCCGAGCACGCGCUUGAGUGGAUGUUGAUGAGAAUCAAUGACCCUAAGAAGACCCCCUUCGGAAAGCAGUUGAGAGAGCAUGGUGUUAUCCUGGAAUGGGUCGCCAAGUCGCGAAUAGAAAUUGAUGCGGCACGAUUAAUCGUCCUCAACGCCGCCGUGAAGAUGGAUGACCUAGGCCCGAAAGCGACGUUGAAGGAGAUCGCCCAGGCAAAGGUGCUCGUCCCGCAGACCGCAUUGACAGUCAUCGACCGCGCCGUCCAGGCAUUCGGUGGAGCAGGCGUCAGCCAGGACACGCCUCUUGCGAAUAGCUGGGCGCUUAUCCGGACCUUGCGGCUGGCUGACGGGCCAGAUGAGGUUCACCUGCAACAAAUGGGCCGGAACGAGAAUAAAAGGGGCAAGGAAGUCUCGCAGAAACUACUCUGGCAGAAGGAGAAAACGGAACAGCUGUUGAAGCAGAACAAUCUGAAGCGGUUUCAACCCGGAUCUAACAUCAAACCGAGGUUAUAAGAUAAUCACAGGCGCAACUUGAUUUAGAUGCUGCUGGUCAUACUCAGACAUCCAUAAUUUCAUUAUCAGUUGAGAUGUCAAGAACGCUAGGUAGCGUAAAUGUUAUGCUUACAGCCAAAGAAAGCUUAUAUGUAUAUUAUAGUCGUUCUAUAAGUAGGUAGCUUACUAUACCGCGUACCGAGUA